AUGGCUCAGUAUUUAAUGUCCCAAGCACUGUAUCAGUUUUCGUGGUAUGAACUCCUUGCCCUUUAUUCAUUUCAGUUACUGGUAUGUCAUGUGGAAGUAUUAUAGAGUAUUGUUAUUAGGAGGUUUACAUACAUAUAUAUCCUGUAUAUGUAUAUAAUAAAUACAUCAGGAAUGAAAGACAGCACUGAGACACAGGAACAGACACUUAGCACCAGAUCAAUAGAAGCUGGAUCUACCAUUUGAGACAGGACCCACGGUGCCAACCCCAGAGUCCUCCCAUACAAUCCAGCACAUAGUAAACGGGUGCAAGGUGUUAGUAGGGACAGCACACACUGAGAAACACAAACACGUUGUGAGCCUUUUCUUCUGGCAAAGAGCCUGUGGGUUUCUAAUUCUUUUUAUUUCUGCCUUUUCAGGUCAGCGAAACGCAAGUUAACAAUAUUAUUGAGCAAGGAGCAGGGGAACAUCCAGGUACAAUAAAACACAGAUUCCGUAGCACUUAACAAUGUUAUGAGAGGGGGGGAUUUAACCAUAAAGAGGACAAUUUAAAAAAAACAAAAAACUUACAGUAACAAUAGGUUGAAGAGGACCCUGCUCAAACAAGCUUACAAUCUAUAGGAGGUGGGGUAUAAAACACAUUAGGACAGGAAUCAAAUAAGGUGAGAGUCAAGCAGAGAGUAGAGUGCUGCCCUAUAGGAGAGAGCAGGAGAUAGUUAUGUAAGGUGGCCCAGGAGAGGGUUACAAUAAUCCAUGCGGGAAAUUACUAGAGGCUGGACAAGCUCCUUGGUAGCAUCUUGCGUAAGAAAGGGGCGGAUGCGGAUUCUACUGGAUUUGACAACAUACUAUAUGUGAGGUUCAAAGGCGAGGCCAGAAUCAAGUAUGACACCAAGACAGCGUGCUUGCAAGGAUGGACUGAUGUGGAUACCACUAACACAUUUAAGUACAUCUGUAACUGUGUAACCAUAUAUCAUAUCCAUAUCACAUAUCCCAUUAAAGUUACCAGAUUACACAUCAUUAAAGGACCACGCCACACUUGAAAAAAAAACAGGAAAAGGUAAGAUACAGAGGGAAAGCAUCUAUGAUUCAUAUGUUAUUUCUUACAAUAUUUUUCAAUAAUGUUUGAAUGAAACCCUAUGAGAUGAGUUAUUCCAUGAUUGGUGUCUAACCUGUCCCUUUAAAAUAGUUUGUGUCUGAAACAGUGCCUGAUACAUAAAGAAAUAUGCAGAGAAACCUUAUAGAAAUGGCAUGUGACACCUGAAGCUACCGUGUCAAUUUCCUUUUUACCAUUAAUAUAAUAAAAUGUAUUCAUUUGUCUCCUAGCAACACCUGCUAUCGGCACAUUGGAUAAACGCAUUGAGGAGCUGGGCCACCGAUUUGUGAUCGAGCGUGCCGUGGCUGAAGGAGCCAAACGUGCCAUCAAGGCAUUAGAUCAUGGAAAGCCACUUGUUGAGGUCAGUUAUAAAGCGUAUUCUUUUAGCCAUUUUAUCCCCAGAAUGAAGAAUGGGCUUUCAAUGUCUGUCUGGGGGUUUGUUGGCAUUAGCCAAGCAGCGUUGGUUUAUUAUUAAUAUUAUUAUUUAUAAAGCACCAACAAAUUCCGCUUGAUAAAUAAUAUACAAAUUACACAUUUAUAUUAUCUUUUCUGAGACUUUUGUUGUUUGAAGUCUUUGUGGGACCAUUUGUUCUGUAUCUUAUAUCUGCUUCUUUAUAAUGCUUUAUUUAAAGGGAAUCUAUAGUGUAAGGCAAACAAAGUUGUAUUCCAUACACUCUAGUUCCCACUGGCUGCCUCCUUCCUCACACCCUUUCUCCUUCCCGCGUUACAAAAUCCCUGUUAACACUUACCCGACUCCUGGAGGGGUGGCUACUGCGCAUGCAUGGCGAGUGCCGCAAGUGAAUUAGGCCCUCCCCAUAGGAAAGCAUUGCUUCAGUGCAGAGCGCGAGGGCGUCCAGCAUCAGACUACUAACGUCACUUUAACCAAAAGUCUCUACUGGCUGUCUGAUUGAGGUAGUCUUAGUCCUGUAAUGUAAUCAUUGCUGUUUAUCGAAAACUGUAAUGAUUUACAUUGCAGGACUAAUAUGACUAAGGAGGACAGGGACCCUGCACCCAGACCUCUUCAAUAAGCUAAAGUGGUCUGUGUGCUUAUAGUGUCCCUUUAAAAUUCUCCCAAUUGCUUAAUUCCCUUUAGUUUUAUUAAAAGCCAAUAACAUGUUGUAUGUUCUGCAUUGAUCUGCCGUUAUACCCACUUUAAUCUAUAGAAACAUACAUACAUACAUUCUGCAUUUAAGUUAUUUACAGUUUUUUUUAAUGACAGGUGCAGUGUCGCCAUAUGGGCAGGUGAAUCUGUACCUAUCAAACCAUCCCCACCCUCUUUAAUAAAACACAACAUGUCUGUGUAUGGGGAAAAUUGUCCACAGCUUUUAUUUAACAUAACAUAAUAAUAAAUAAAAGUCAUUGCCCGCCACCUAUUGCCGUCUGAUAAUUUAGCAGAUCUAAUAAUUAAUAGGGCAAUGACUAACAAUAAAUAACAUAUAAUAAUAUAUAACACAUAACCAAUAAAGUGCCACCAUUUUCUUAACAGCCCAGUGGUGAGGGUAUAUCUGAAUACCCCCACCCCUCCGAGGUUCUGAGCCACCUAUGGACCCGAAACCUCCCAACACCAUAACCAACUUAUAACUCCAAUUCCAUUUCACCAUUCCUUUUUACCUACCCCUUGCUCCUUUUCUAACUCCAAAAUCCCUAUCCCCCCAUUUUCUUCCCUUUAACAGCCUUGCCACAAGCUCGGACCUUGACCCCUUAAGACGUCUGAGCUCCGUCACCCUGCAAAAACAGCGCCUUGCUAAGCUACUCUUGAAACUCCAGAUUCAACAAAUCCCAACCCACCUCUGAAAGGUGCAUUUUGCCUUGCUGGAAAUACCCAGCCAAUCUAUUCUCCAGUUCCCUGUGCCUGACCACAACCCCUCCAGCUUCAGAAUGCAGCUAGCCAUUAAACUGUUCACCUAACAUCGACAGUGAUCAAUCACUCUGCAUUCCUUGCAUGACACCACCGAAGUCGCAUUACAAUAUCUGACCAGAGGACCAUGACCCCCGGUACCACAUCCCUAAUCCCGUUGAUAUCCUGCUUCAUCCAUCUAACCAGGUCCCUCUGUGGAAUCAUUACCCCUUUUAUGGAAGACAAUAAAAUUAGGCCGUCUACCUCCCUGCACCAAACGAAACAGUUCCCUGCACACCAAUCUCCAUCCGAACCCUCGGUAACCACUCCAUUUUAACACCAACUGUUCCUCAGGAAAGCCCAGUUGCUGACCAUUAAAACGAACUGCAGCUUUCCUCUUAGCCCAGAAGAUGUUUGAGUGCCCAAUGGUCCAUGCCACAUGACCUAGGGAAAGAAAAAUGCAAAGUUAGCAUCACACCCAAGAACCAGCACCCCUUGCCCCAUCACACCAACUUACCCAGGCGAACGUAGAAGCGAAACCACACCGAUUCCCACCUCUCAAUCCUCUUAACCAAUUCUUCACCAAACCCCAACUGAGUCACCUCCGUUUCUGCUCCAAUAUGGAACGAGUGCGUUCCAAACUGUUCCGGGUACAACCCCAAGACUCCUAGACAAGGCCAAAAAUCCCAGAAAAACUGGAACCUAAACAGCGAUUACCCGUCCAUGUAGACCAAAAAGGAACCCCCCUGCCGGACGCUUCCCCAAGUAUCUUUCCACCGCCAACUGGGCAGAAGAGGGACCCAGGGAAAGCAUGCAAUUCUAUAUUCGUAUCCUUUCCACACACAUCCGUUUUCAAAUGGGCCAAAUGAACGAUCACCUUAUCCCCAACUUCCGAAACGUCUCUCCAUUGCAUGCCCCCCACCUUCCCGAUUGGCACUGACGAGCUCACUAACGCGAACUGCCCCGAAAAACACUAGGUGAAACUCUACCCCAAAUAGAAGUACUUCGUAGUUGCUAAAGCAAAACUCAGGCAAAACCUUAAACAGCCCUCCCAAAAGGCGAACGGACACUGGUCUACGUGCAUCUUGCACCCUCCAACCCCUGCGGAGGCCCUUCAGUGCCUGUCUAAUAAGAAAGUAUAUCGUCGGGUCAUCCCACCCAUGUAACUUAAACAAGAACACCAAUGCUGCCAUGUGCCUGUCCACAACCACUAGCAAUGAGCCCUUCCUCAGCAAAUCGAACGUAAACUAUAGUGAACCCGCCAAAGCAGACCCCUUACUCUCGCUCAACAACCUCUCCCACGACCCCAAACCUUACAAUAAGCAGACCACAUUCCCGGGGCCAAGGACGACCUCACGAAUGCCCCAAGUAAGCUGUCCCGAGCAACUACAUCUUACAAUUCCCUGACCUCCUGUGCCCCCGGGCCCGGGACUACUGUGAAUGAGAAAGUGCAUAAGCCACAUUGUUCAAAUAACCUGGAACGUGCCGGGUGCCAAAAACAAUAUUGAGAGACAUACACAGAAAAAUGAGCCGCUGCAGAAGGCGUACCACCAGCUCCGAGGAUGCCGACAGGUUGUUGACUGCAUACACCACGGCCAUAUUGUCCAUGUGAAACAUGGCCUUCUUGUCCUUGAGCAGAGGCCCCCAGAGUGAUAGAGCUACCACUAAUGGGAAGAGUUCAAGAAAGGCCAAGUUGCACAUGAGUGGUCUCCCCAUCCACGAUGCCAGCCAUGAUGAUGCGCACCACCUACCCCCCGAAGUACGCACUAAAGCCCAUGCUCCCUGAGGCAUCUGUAAACAACUCCAAGUCAGCCGCCAAUUUCACCAGUUCACGAAACAACACAGUGCCAUUAAAAUCCUGUAGAAAUGUGUCCCAAACCGCCAAAUCCUCCUUCAUGGCCGCCGUCACCCAUACAAAGUGAUGCAGUGACCUCACUACUGCCGUAGCCUGAGCCAGGCCGCUACUGAAAACCUGCCCAGUUGGAAUUAAAGUUGAGCUUGCCGAGCAGUGAUUGCAAUGCCCGAAGCAUGACCUUCUUGGCCUGACGCACUUCCCUCGAGCUUGUCCCCAGGCAACCAAUAUUCACCCUUUGCCAAAUAGAUUUCCAGCCCCAGGAAGCAAAUACAGUCCAUGGGGCCUUUCAUCUUAUCUGCCGCCAAAGGGACCCCAAACAACCUGGCCACCCACUGAAUGGUACGCAACAAAUGCAGGCACAAUGAAGAGUUCCCAGGACCCAUGCACAAAAAGACGUCCAAAUAAUGGACCAUCGCUCGACUCCCCACUUCCUGCCGCACCACCCACUCCAAAAAAGUGCUGAACUCGAAGUAGGAGCACAAGAUAGAACAACCCAUCGGGAGACAUAGGUCAACGAAGAACUGACCAUCAAAACUGCAGCCCAGCAAGUGAUGACAAUCCGGAUGAACAGGCAGCAGUCGAAAUGCAGCUUCCACAUCCACCUUUGCCAUACGGGCGUGAUGCCCGGCAGUCCUAACCAACUCAACUACCUGCUCAAAUGAUGCAUAGAAGACCGAACACAGCACCCUAUCCCUAUCCAAGAAACCGUACCUUAACAAAUACACAUCCCCCUUUCUACCGUAACAGCUAACCAUGGUAACAUCUCUUCUAGCCUCACCGGCAUCGUGCCCAGCGGCAACGGGCCCAAGACUCACGACCGCAUCCCCUGAAGCCCCAAUUGACCCCCAGAGUCACCCCCACUACAAGAGUCUAUCAGUUGCUUUAACUUGUCAAGCAAUGUCUGUGAAGACCCCAUGGCUGCUCCUCGGAUCCUUCCGGAAAAAGAUGCCACCAUGCUCUUCGGAACAACUGGGGAAACCACCUGGAAGAUGAUCCACUCAGUGAGCUAGAAUGAGAACAAAAAUUCCUGGGCAGGGUGCACCGUUCAUGCACAACCUUCGCACCGCAAUCCUGGGGCUGCCUGCAUGACUUCCAAGCAUCCCGUCUCUUCCCUAGGCUCCUCUGAUCACCUAGAGAGUGGAAGCCCCGCUGACCCCACCCCUGAGGCUGCAACUCCGACUGUGGGAUACCCUCCGCCUGCUCUGAUGCACCCCCUCUGACCUCCCAGAGCAUCCUGCGGAGGAGCUGCUCGCACUGCUGUCAUCUCCUAGCACCGCACUAGUAGACCUGCUACUCCUGGACCUUCCCGCGCUCGCUACAGACAGCACCACAAGUCUUACUAGUCUGUUUCAAAGUGCGGCCCCGGGGCCUUUUCAUUGCUAUGCGAUAUGUCACCUGGCCUACCAGGAACACGCCUCCCCCCGGACGGACCUGUGGUCCACUGCCUUCCCUCUGUGAAUUUCCAGCAGAAGGCCGUAUCGCUGAUGGAUCCCCCGCCCCACCAUGGGAUCCAGUGCCCAUCUCACGGAUGUCUGCUUCCACAUUUCUUUCCCGAGCCCAGACAUGCACCGCUAUCUCCUGGGAACCCCGUGCCCCCCCCCCGAUGCGCCUGCAUGACCCGCUAAGCCGCUCGCCAGAUUUGCACCCUGGGCCUUGGACCCACUCAGCUUCAUUGUCAUGGGCCUGCCCUCACCUCCCAAGGGGCCCCCCAGCCGAGGGGCCCCCGGCAGCACAUUAGGGAAGGUACCCAACCCCUCAGGCACCUCAGCAACAGAAUCCCCAAGAGUUAAAGGGCCUGCUGUCACCGCAACUGCACUUGCUGGCUCUGCUGACCACCAGGAAUCGCAGCUCCCACCUUCCACCAUCCGCCGCCAGGGUGCACAACCCCGUAUUGCGGCACCACCUGUCCUGCUGCUUCAAGGCUCACUGCCCGCAGGGGCCGGCACCCCGGAUGCAGUUCCUGUUGAAGAAGGAGCCACUCCAUCACCUCCACCAUGCCCACUGUCCUCCGAGCAUGCCGCCCCCGUUUUCCUCUGUCUACACCGGGUGGCUUUGGAAGAGAUCCCCCUCCAGAGCGCUGGCUUCCAGCCAUGCAAUAGGGCGCUGCGCACCUUACAUUGCCCGCUCACACCACCAUGGAGGCUCCACCAGGGCUAAGGCGCACAUGUGUGCCUGUCCCCCAGCCGACCUUCCGGCUCCGCCGACGCCACCAGCAUCGCUCCGAGCCUCUCCUGGAUCCAAUCUUCUCCAUGGAUCCGUGCACCUGCCCGAACACAGUUGAUCAUCUCCUCUGGGGACGCCAUCCUGCUAAAGAAAAAAGGGAAAACCCACUAAACAGAGUCUGCACACACCAGAGUGACAAACCGUACUCACACGUUACAUUAAAAUUGCCUAUUCCUAAGAUGGCUGCCUGUAUAUAUAUAUAUAUAUAUAUAUAUAUAUAUAUGCUCCCACCCCUUAGACCCAAUCUACCAAUCUUGUUACUGUUCCACCUAUGCCCGCUUCCUAGCCCUGUCAGAGCCCCUUUCUACUAAAAUGCGGCCGCUCCAAGGGGCUACAAUAAACUCUGACUUGUAGGGAAUUAAAAUCUGAAUUACAAAACUGAGAUAAACAUAGACACACUGUGACUAAAGCCGAGAUUGGAAUUUCUCCAAAUCACUAAUUUUAGUUUAAAUAUUUGCAGUUCAGAUUUUGAUUUGCUACUUUCCAGAUUUUAUUGAUUAAUCCUGAGUUGUUAUACAUUGAGCACUAUACAGAAUUAUAAUCAUUUAUAAAUGCAAUGCAAGUAUUGCCCACACUCUUUUUUUCAUUUUUUUAACAGGCUCAAUCAAUAUUAAACCAGACAAAUGAAAAGCUGGACCUCCUUAAAUAUUCCAUGGAGGAACUAGUGAAAGAACUUCCUGAUAGCCAUCCCUGGAAGAGUAUUACCACCGAGGAAUUGUUCCUCAAUUCUGACAUAUCCAAGCCCACAGCACUAACGGGUAAGUUAUUUUGCCUCUGAAAGAUAUUUCAAUAAAGGAAAGAAGAGAAAUAUAUUUAACAUUGAAGUAUCAGAGCAUGCUUCCAUCUCUGUGAAGUCUGUCUACUGUGAUCAUGCAGUUAUUCCAGCAGACUUAAUUCUGUAUGACGUAAAUACAAAUUUAAAGGUGACCGGUGACAUUUUUUUACAUGACAAUAUGGAACCAGCACACACAUAAUCUGUCAUCAGCAUAUUUAAAUAUAUAAUAUAUAAUUGUAGCAGAAACCCUUUGGCUGUCCAAUACAUUCCCUGUAUAAUAUUAUUGUUGGAACCUAAGAGUUUUCCUGUGCCUGGACUAUACAGAUUUGACUACAACCUUAUGUGGCCAUGCUAGGAUUCAAUAAGGUGUUCGGUGGAAAGAUAUACAAGUCUGCAUGUGAACCGCUGUAUUCACCAUACGAACUAAAGUGCCGAACAACCGGACCACCUUGGUAUGGAGUGUGACUGUAAUUUACCUCCCUGUAUGCUCGUUACUUCCCCUGAUUUAAACACACGAACGCUCUGCUGUAUUCCCUGGGUGGCCGCCAUUUUGGCAGCUGAACACGUGGCGGCGGCCAUCUUAAACUCCCGAACAGCGUUUGGUCGUCGAGUGUCUGGAACUCAAAUCGGACACGCCACUAACCGAACACCGCUCAGACCUCCAGGGACUUCAGAAAGUACUGAUCAAAACACACGAAUGGCCCGUCAUUCGGUAGGAUGAAUGCCACGAACUAGGGGAUUCAUCUGAAGGCGAACUCAACUAUAGAAGGCAUAGACUUUCGGGACUUUUGAUGCGCGAACAGAGACCGACCGCGGGCCAAAACUCAUGGAACUAUUUUCGGCUACUUUGCCCGUGCGGUCUGUCAAAUCUUUCCUGAUCCCCUGUUCUGAUCUGGGUGAUUUUUGGAUAUGUUUCUCACCCAGAUCAUUUAAAGGUGUACCUACCAUAUUUGGGGUACAUCCAAGAAUUGGGGAAAAGUAUGAAUAUUAUAAGUUAAGCUAAGGGGAGGAGAUGUGUGGGAAGUAACGUCUAUGUGAUUGGUUACUGUAAUGAUUAUGGUGGGUGCCUCCCUUGCAUGGGAGAAUCCCAUAAAAGCAGGAAUCGUGUCAUUAAAGUUCAGUUCUACUCCUGAUACUGUGUGUCGUGCAGUGAUUGGGAAAGGUGAUGGGAUACUAUUGGAUUGACUUGCUGAUUGUGCUGGUUAUCCUAUUGGAUUUACUACUUGCUCCUGAAUUAUUCUAAUAUACCAGUGGAGUUAAGCCGUGGGGAAUCAGCUCUCCGCUACAUGGAACCAGCACAUACAUAAUCUGUCAUCAGCAUAUUUAAAUAUAUAAUAUAUCAUAUAUUAAUAUAAAUAGUUACCAUAGAUAUAGAGCUCUGACACCUUCUACCUAUGUUUUCCAGAUCCCGUAUCUUUACAAGAAAGCAUUAAGGUUCCAGUCUAGUCGGCUUCUUUCGCCUUUACACUUAUUUAUCUUUGUGUGUCGUUUUUUUCUUUGUAUAGCACUAUUUUUAUACAUUUUUUGUGCGUUAUUUUGUUCUUCAUAGUCCACCAAAUGGACUUGUUGGCCAAUCUAUUAAAUGUUAAGUUUUAACAAAUGAAUAUUUCACUGAACUGUAUUUCAGACAUAUCUGCACCUAGUUGCAUCCUUCAUCUCUUCUCUUUGUGUACAUUUAUACUGGGGUUAACCUCCAAAUCAGGAGGUUCUGCAACUUCUGGCUCCAUUCCAGUCCCUUCCUUUUUCUUUUCUUUUAUCUUCUAAAUUAUUCUCAUGAAUUCUGUUUUACUUUUUUGGCAUAAUCUUUCUGUCCUUUUAAGUCUAAAGGUUAAAGGACCACUAUAGUGCCAGGAAAACAUACUCGUUUUCCUGGCACUAUAGUGCCCUGAGGGUGCCCCCACCCUCAGGGUCCCCCUCCUGCCCGGCUCUAGAAAGGGGAAAGGGGUAAAAACUUACCUUUUUCCAGCACUGGGCGGGGAGCUCUCUGCCGCUGAUCCUCCUCCUCUCCGCCCAUUCGGCUAGCUGCGCGCGCAUUCAGCCAGUCGCAUAGGAAAGCAUUUGCAAUGCUUUCCUAUGGACGCUGGCGUGCUUUCACUGUGAAAAUCACAGUGAGAAGCACGCAAGCACCUCUAGCGGCUGUCAAUGAGACAGCCACUAGAGGCUUUGGGGAAGGCUUAACCCAUUCUUUUAUAAACAUAGCAGUUUCUCUGAAACUGCUAUGUUUAUAAAAGAAUGGGUUAACCCUAGAAGUACCUGGCACCCAGACCACUUCAUUAAGCUGAAGUGGUCUGGGUGCCUAGAGUGGUCCUUUAAUCCAGAAGUGGGUUCCUUGUGGCUUCAACUUGUAUAGCGUGGACUUGUUGCAUUCUGUUCUGAAUUUCUCCUGUGUGUGUUUAAAAAUAUCUACAAAUAAUAUAGAUUUCUUCUCUAAUGGCACAAGUGACAAACCUUCUUUGAGGAUCGAGCAGGGACUAAGUGAAGCUACUGAGUUUUUAUCUGUUUAUAAAUUCUGUUUUGAUUGAUUUAUAUCCGAUAAAGAUGUAAAAGCUGCCUUAUUAUUGAAUAUUCUGUGUGUGCUACCUAGACCAGCUAUGAAGUUCCCUGUAACAUAAAUUGUAUAUUUCAUGGUUGCUGAAGGUCUAUUUCUUUCUAUAAAUAUGCCAGUUUACAGAGAUGAUAGAGGGGUGGUGGAAUCCAUAAGGGAAUCUGAUAUUUGAUUAUUGUAGGAGAUGUAUUGAGUGAACAUUUGGUGAGAGGUUAAUAUAUUCAUGUGAUGACACAAGUGAAAAUCUAAUAGUCAUUGUUACAAUAUAAUUUCUGAUUGUUUGACAGGUACCCUGAAAGUGCGAGUAAAGGGCUGUCACAAUAUUCUGGAGAAUGUACCUGGCAGACUAAAAGACCUGUCAGAUGUUCUCCCAGCAAGGAGGACACGUCAAGGAAGAUUCUCAUUAAUGAGCCGAAUCAGAAGAAACAACCGUGUCGGCAGUCAGAACAUCCAAGAGACUGUUGGCUUUUCCAGUACAGUGAUUUUUAUCUUAUAUUUCCCAUUAUGUGUCCAGUGAUGCUCAAUAACAGAACAAUAUCUGGGGUAUCGAACUUCUGCUCUCCCACUUAGCCACUCAAAGGAAAAUCAACCUGAAUAAUUAUAUCUCGGUACUGGGGGGCUGCAGGUCGACCCCCAAUUAAAAAAUUGUAAAAGUGCUGCAGAAUAUAUAAAUGAUAAUAAUUACUUUACCACAUUUAAACUGGGACUUACUCGUCAUACAAACUCCAUCCUCUACAUUACUCACCAAAUAGAAAAGGCAGAGGACAAAAAUAUAAUUUUCAACGUUUUUCGUUACGAUGUUCUUGUAUUAUUUUAUUUCACAUAUAUCUCCUUGUUUAUAUUCCAACCAUAGUACCUGGCGAGCUACAAAUUUGUUUUUUGUUUAAUUUCCUUUUUACGGAGUGCAGGAAAAUAGACUCCCCAAAUAAAAUCAAACUCCUAGAACUUUGGUUAAAGAUAAUAACUUUAUAUUGUCAGCUAUAUUGUUACAAUGGCCGUGUGUUGAUUACAUUCUCGAUAAGAAUUGUUCUUUAUAAUGAAAUACUCUUAGCCUUUUAAGUUGAGUUCCUGAAAUUUCCUUACAGACGAGGUCCGUGCUCAGCUGAAGAUUGACCAUAUUCCAGUGGGUUCAACCAGUUGGAAAACUGUGUCUAAACAAUCAUGGAAUGAGACAUUUAAACUGGAGUUAAAUAAGGUAUGAAUGUCAUUAAACUCAAGUAUAUUCACCCUAGAAAGAUACAUUUUUUUCAGAAAUAUUAACUCAAGUGACUUAAGUAUGAAUAUUACAUUCUUAAUCAACAUCCAUUGGUGGCCCCAGGAAGAAUUUAUACUAAUCCAUAAAUCUGCAUAUCCUGUAAAGAGUUGUCUAAGUCAGUUUAACUGGAACUCUUUUUCUAAACCUUUUAGGACCUUAAUGUGUCUUCAUCCAGUUAUGAUUUAGAGAGUUAUUAUACAUUGGGUUUGUUUAUCUUAAUUUAGAAAUUAUUUUAUUUUUUUAUAGAAUCAGUGAUAUAGUCGAUAACUUUUCUUUCCUUUCUUUGUUAAUGUGUACAUAGUCUCGGGAGUUAGAAUUAUCCUUAUAUUGGCACGAUAGGAGAUCACUGUGUGCCACAAAGACGCUGAAGUUGGAAGAAUUCCUGGUGAACCGGAAGCAGGAACUGUGUCUACAGCUGGAGCCACAGGGCACCCUUUUCAUCAAGGUGAGAACCAAUCUCAGGCCACUAUCAAUUUAUAGUUAUUUACCUAUUUAAAUGUUUUAAUUAUACAAAAAACAAAAGGACGAUUAAUUUAUCCAACAUAUUUCUCUAGAUGUAAAAAUAUCAGAGCGCUAUGAAGUCUAUUGACUUAAUAUUAAAUUGUACUGAAUUGUAAAUGGAGUUGCAAAAUAUGUCCGCUAUAGUCACAUCUUGACUUAGCUCAACUUUGUUUUCAAUUCACACAAGUCAGUGUUUAGCGAAUAAACCUAUCAAUGUACGUCAUAUUAGCUACAUAACAGCUUAUAGUAUCUUAAGAAAUGUUCUCUUUUUAAGAUAAAGGACACUGUAUCAAAUGCUAAACUGUUUAAGUAAAUGAGGGGCUUUGCUUAUUGUGAUUAGCUGUAGAGGAAGAGAUUAGAAGCUGUUUAUUUUCCAUUUGUGAGUCUGUUUAUAUGUUGGUUUGGCAUAAUGAGGAUAUUAUCAUUUACUUCCUGCUGUUAACUUUUUUGGUUUUUGUUUUGAAAUAGGUGACAUUUUCCAAUGCUUCCAUCCAGAAAAGGCCAAAACUUCUGACAAUUCAGAAAUUCUUCUCCAAAAAACAAGGUAAGUGUUUGUUUAACAUCUCACAUUAAAUAGCAAACCGCCCAGGGGCCUUUAAAAGCAUCUGUCAGGGAGACUUGGUUAUUAUUUGGUUACUGACAAGAGGUGACCCCUUGUACCCCAGUACUAGCCCCCGUGUGAUAGAAAACUUGUCAAGCAAUGUGAAUGCGCUCAGUAACCAGUGAGGGAUUUCACAUUUCAUUUUCUCACAGGUAGAUAGACUGAUACAUGUUCAUUCACUAUAACAACCAUAGCGCAGGAUGUACAUCUUAUACCAUAUGCAGUAUACACAGAUUACAUUACUUAUACCAACCUGAAGCUCAUUAUUUUCAUUGGAUGCCAGUCCUCUUAAACACUAAACAUUGUUUCAAUGUAUUAAUUAUGAGUCAUGGUUAUUAUAAUACAGAAAUCUUGGCUGAAACAAAGUUCUAGGUUUGGAGAUUUUGUUACUUUUUUUCUUGUUUUUGGAUUGCUAUGAACGUAAUUAAUAUAUUUACUACUGAUCAUAUACAAUACUUAUAUUAUGUUCUCUGUUACUUUUAUAGAAGAGACCUUCCAGCCCACUGCAGAGGAGGAUACAUCUAUUGACAUCCUUCCAUUGCCAGUAUCAGACACUGAGAGCGUGGUUCCAUCCACCCCAGCUGUCGAUACCAAUGCAGAAGAAACCAUCAAGUCCACGUCAGAGGAGGAUAUAACAUCUGACGUUCUUCCAUUGACAGUAUUGGACAUUGAGAGCAUGGUUCAAUCACUGCAUACUGUCGCUAACGAUACUGAACAGACCAUGCAAUCAGCAUCUGAGGAGGAUAUAACAUCUGGCAGUCUUCCAUUGCCAGUAUCGGACACUGAGAGCGUGGUUCCAUCACCGCCCACUGUCGAUACCGAUAAUGAAGAGAUUAUCCAAUCAGCAUCUGAGGAGGAUAUAAUAUCUGGCAGUGUUCCAUUGCCAGUAUCAGACACUGAGAGUGUGGUUCCAUCCCCGCCAGCUGUCGAUACCAAUAAUGAAGAGAUUAUCCAAUCAACAUCUGAGGAGGAAAUAGUAUUCGGUAGUCUUCCAUUGCCAGUAUCGGACACGGAGAGCGUGGUUUCAUCACCACCCGCUAUCGAUACCGAUACUGAAGAAACUAUCCAUUCAGUAUCUGAGGAGGAUAUAAUAUCUGGCAGUCUUCCAUUGCCAGUGUUUAACACUGAGAGUGGGGAGUCAUCACCGCUGGCUGUCGCUAACAAUACUGAGGAGACUAUCCACUCAGUAUCUGAGGAGGCUAUAAUAUCUGGCAGUCUUCCAUUGCCAGUAUUUGACACUGAGAGCGUGGAGUCAUCACCGCCCACUGACAAUACUGAUUCACAAGAGGCCAGCCAAUCGAUGUCAGAGGAUGGAGCUAUUGACCUUCUUCCAUUGCCAGUGUGUAACACUGGGAGCCAAGAGUCAUCAUGGUCAAUUAGGUAUUUUCACAUAUUCAUCUUUCGCAUCAAUACUGUUAAAACGGCUACACAUUUACCAUAAACUCCUUAUUUGCUCCCCUUUUCCACCUGUCACUCCAUUUUAUUUAUAUAAUAAGCUUGUCUUUUAUUAAAGUUAUUCUUUAUGUACACAAAAACUCACGUGUGAGAGUAAGAUGGGUGAGGUUAAGGCACUAUAACUUUUUGUCUGCCCAUUUUCCAGCAUGCUUAUCAUUAACGUUGUCUGCAGUUUGUUUGUAACAAGUAAUGUUUCCAUAGCAAACUAUUUUUAUAGAACGUUUAUGAAUUGCAUUUUCUCUGACGGGACUUGAAAGUUCUUCCCAGCAGAAUGUGGAAUUCCCCUGUUACCAGAGUGAAAUACAGUAUUUAAUCAUGGCUGGUCCUUUGUGAUCCCAUCUGUAAUUAAUAAAUUGAUUUCACACAAUACACAAUCAUUGUGUAUUAUAAAACAUGGCAAUCUACAACCCUAGUGAUAGAUAUUCCAGGGGAAUCCCUUUAACAUUGCCCUGGAUGUUGCAGAAUUUUCCACUAAGACACUCUGACUAUAAAGAUAUGAUGAUAUCAGAUCUAAAAGGUGCCAUCUAAAUAAAUACUAUUUUUUUCCUUCUUAAAGUGUUUCUCCUGUAGUAUCAUCAGACACUGAAUCUGAGCCAGAAGAGUCUCCUGUUGUAUAUCAUACAUCUUUUUGCAGUGAUCAGCCAGGACUUCAUGUUAUAAUCCCAGAUAUUCUGUCUCAGGUAAAGAUAUAAAGUUUUCUAACUUUCUUAUUUUGUUUAUUUGUUCAGCUGUAGCACAAACUUCAUUAUUGAUGAACAUGGAAUAAUUGCAAGCUUGGUGUAGAAUGUUUUCUAUAAAAUCAUGGACAUAUUUAAACUCUGGGUUUAGUACAUAGAUUGGAUCCUUAUUUGUUUUAUUAUAACAAGCACUAAUGGAACGUUUUUUAUUAAUAAUGUUUAACUUUCUUUUCCAGGAUUCUGGAGCAUGCCAAGUCUAUUCUAGGGACUACACUUCAAACCAAGUCCCAUGUAAUACACCUCUACAUGAUGGUAGAGUGUCCAAUCAGGAAAACAGUCUCCUUCAAGAUCUGGAACAGUCUCAGGACCCAUGGUAUGAUAAAUUAUACUGUGUGUUAUAGGAGCACUCUUGUUUUUUUCAUCAGGAUGGGAGCUAUAUGAGUAAUUAUAAAUAUGAGAAAAAAAAUGUUCUUUUCUUUGCAGCAUUCACCGAGAAGUACAACUGAGCCUCGAGGAUUUCCAAUGUCUCUCUGUGCUGGGCAGAGGACACUUUGGAAAGGUGGGUUUUGGGUAAAUUCCAAUUCUAGUGAGAAAUAAAAGGUGUCUAAACAAAUGUUAUCUAACAAAUAUACAUAUAUUUUUUAACGUUCAGGUUCUACUUGUUGACCACAAACGUACAAACACCACGUUCGCACUAAAAGUCCAGAAAAAACGAAAGAUAAUUGCAUCUAAUUCUAUCGACUGGUCAGUGGAUGGAGAAUACUUAAAAUGGAAAUAUUUUGGAUGGUAGUCCGAUUUGUUGUUGGCAAAAGUGAUUAAUUUAAUUAUUCCCUUUUUAUUUUCAAGUCUUAAAUAUGAGAAGAACAUCUUUCAGACCAUAAGCCGCAUACGACACCCAUUCCUUGUGAAUUUGUUCGCAAGUUUCCAGACUGAAGAUCUUGUCUGCUUUGUGAUGGAAUAUGCCGCUGGUGGAGACCUAAUGUCAACUCUUAAUAAUAACAUGGCAGCUUUUACAGAAAGCAGAGCUAUGUAAGUAUAAUUUGGGGAUUAUGAUCACCCGGCUAGAACUUCAAACAAAACUUAAGUUGGACUACAAGUUCAGUGAAGCCUAGACAGACACAAAACAAUGCAUGAAAUAUGCCUGAGCAUAGAGUGACAGAGGAUAGUGGAAUUAAACUGUCCAAUGGUACAAAACCGUAAUUUCCUUCCCCAAGAUAAAAGAGACUUAUUCUAUUUUCUACAGGUUUUAUGCUGCCUGUUGUGUGCUCGGCCUUGAAUUUUUACAUCAGAACAAGAUUGCUCACAGGUAAGUGUACAGGAAAAACUAAAGAUGCACAUACAGUUAUAUUGGCCCCAGAAAUGUUAACUGUCGUAUUUACUGUACUGCCAUUAAAAUAUUGUCUGUGGUUUAAUUAAUUAGUAAUAUUAUGUUAACUUUAUCAUAAAUUAGAUAAGUCCUUAAAUCUAACCUUUUAUUUAGUCUAAAUAAGAAAACCCUGUAAUCCAAGUACCCUUUCGUGAUAUGUAAAAAAUAAUAAAAAUUCCUAUUCUAUAUUUUAAUGUAGAGAUCUUAAAUUGCGGAAUAUCGUUGUAGACAAGGACGGUUACGCCAAAAUUACCGACUUUGGUCUUAGCAAACAAGGUAAAAAUAAUGUUAUAUUUAGCUAAAGUAAUUUAUUACAAAUUUACAGAAUAACAUUGGCCAUAGACAUAUAACAUUCAACUGCAGACCGAAAUAAAAGUAUAAAUGAAACACAAAGCAAUGAAAUCAAAUAUUGGUGUAAAAUGAAAUAAGGGGCCAUUGUACAAAUUCAUAUCUAGUUAGAGGUUCAGGAAAUGUUGGAACACUAGUCAGAUCAGAUGCUGGAACAUAAUACAGAUUCGUGAAAACCAUGGAAACAUUUGUACGAAAUUUCACAGAGAAUCUGCAGAUACAACACACUGACUCCUUGCAGCAAUAUUCUAAUAUCAAUUGGAAAAAAAUAACAUGAAAUUAAUAAAAAAAAUAGCAUACUGUAUAUCAGCAAAAUAAACCAACUCUAUAUUUACUGAUGUACAUUUAUACUUUCUCUAUUUACGAGGGAUGGGAUACAGCGAUAGAACCAACUCUUUCUGUGGCACACUGGAAUAUAUGGCGCCAGAAAUAUUUGAGAGAAAACCAUACGCAAGAUCUGUUGAUUGGUGGAGUCUGGGCGUAGUAAUUUAUGUCAUGCUGUGUGGAAGGGUAGGUAUAGCAUAUUUUUACCAAUUUGUAGGAUUCCUUCUUUGGAAACCAAAAUCCCUUGUGUGAUGUCAUCCAGUCCAUUGAUGAAACUGAUAGUAUCUUAACCCCUUAAGGACCAAACUUCUGGAAUAAAAGGGAAUCAUGACAUGUCACACAUGGCAUGUGUCCUUAAGGGGUUAAACUAUAGACUGGUUAGGCUUAAAGGGGCAACCAUGAGCACUAUAACCACUUCAGCUCAUUAUAGUGCUUAUCUAAAUAUCAUAACCCAAUACAUCCCUCUCCAAUUUAUCUAAACUGAUUUUAUCUCUCUAAUACCCUCUCAAUUUCUUUAUAUUUUAUUUAAUGUUUCUGCUUUGGAAAACCAUUUACAUUAGAGAAAUUACCCAGUGUAGAUUCCAGGCCAACCCUGCACAGUGGGCACUCUCUUUGUCACAGUUUGUGAAGACCGUGUGCCCUCUCUGUGCGGGCCAUUUAUACAGAGCAGAUUAUGGGCUCUCAGGAGUGUGAGUGCUAUAAACACUAUUGUCAUCUUGCCACAGUGUUUAAUGGUUUACAUCAAUAAGUUAUUUUUUCAUGACUCUCAUUGCAGUAUAUAUUACUCAGUGAUUUCUAUUGUAUGUGUGUGACAAUUUCUAGCAGGAUAAUAAAUAUUUUGUCACAAAAACGAACUUCUGCAUCUUACAAUAUGCAUCUAAAAUGUUUUUUUUCCUACUAGUUUCCCUUUACAGGUAAAGAUCGAGAGACAGAGAUAUCGUAUAAGGUAGUUAACACUGAACCUGACUAUCCAGAGUUCCUGUCUUUAGAAGCGCUCUCAAUAAUAAAAAGUGUAAGUUGCCAACGCGUGUUUAGUGCUUUUUGUUUUUGACAUAUUGGGUGAGCUGAGGUCAGAAUUUCCAAUCACUGUUGAUGAGUGGAUUGCUGACGAGCUACCUUGGGAUGAAGGAAGUCUGAGAGCUGUUAUAUUAGUAGAUAUGUCUGGUAGGAGACAAGCAGAUGGUGAUGUUAUAGCUCUUGGAAGCUCCAGGAUUAAAGAUUCCGCGUGGAGCUCUGCUUCUAAAUAAUACAGCUCAUAUGGCUUUAAUGAUGAAUGACAUCACAGCUCAGCGUCUUACACCAUACAACCCAUCAUCUUGUUUGAACUCUGACAGUUGUUAGAAAGUGAAAUAUAAGGUAUACGGAAAGGGUCAAUGCAUUGGGGGAGGUUUGGAAGGAUUUUACAAAAAGUGAAUCAUAUGAUUUCCUUUUUUUAUAUGAAGAAUUUUACUCUUAUCAAUUAUGCACAUUGCUCCAUAGAACAGACACGUUUCAUUCUGUGCGCCGAUCGAUGCGUGCCCCUGCCUGUUCCGCUCUGUGUAGCUGCUAACACUGUGUAUGAAUGUGGGCUCGGGCAGUUUGAGUGGUAAGGCUCUGAAAACACAGCUGGUCCUCUGUAAAAACUGUGUGAUUGGCUGUAACAGAAUAGAACAAGCAGUCACAAAUACAUUGGUCUAGUUAGAGAUUAAAAGAAGUUAAAUUUAUAUUUGGGGAAUGAAAUAAAUACAAGCAGUAAGCAUGACUUGUACCAUCAAUCAGGGCAGAGCAAUGUCUGGGCACCAAACAUGAUGCCAUUGUGACGUGGUGCCUACUUUGUAUUGAUCUCUGUAGUAAAUAUUCUGCCUGAGCUGAUAAAGGCAGAUCUUACAGGACCUGCAAGAAAAUGCCUUUAAUUCUCAGUUUUUCAGAUUAAAUAACAUUUUCCUUUCUCCUCCCCCUUUAUGCAGCUUAUGAAUAAAAACUCUAGAUCCCGCCUAGGAGCCAGGAUUGGUGCCAGUGCUGUCAAGAAACAUCCUUUUUUCAAAGUAUGUCCAUGUUGUAUAAAUUCCAUCUAUGAAUGUGUAGAGAUAAUGGCCUUUAUUCUAAAUUAUUAGUUUACUGGCUUAUAUCGUGGCACACCUGAAUUAUUUUUCAAAUUUUUCUUAAAUCUUUUUUAUUUUUUUAACAGGUAGUAGACUGGAGUGCGUUGCUUUUUAAGAAUAUAAUAAAUCCGUUUGUACCAUCCAUUGCCGGACCAAAGGACGUCAGUCAUUUCGACAGAGCUUUUACAACACUGGACCCCAUUCUAACACCACCGGAAGAAUCACCUUUAGAAGACCAAGACCUGUUCCAAGAUUUCGACUGGGUGGCCGAUUGGAUUUGA